AUGCAGUGCGCGGACCCCGCGGCAGCCAUGAAGGGGCCGGAGGGCGAGGGCAAGCCGGAGCAGCAGCAGCAGCCGCCGCCGGCGGGACAGAGCGGCGGCAAGAGCGGCGGCGGCCGCGGCGCCAAGGGCUGGCAGUACAGUGAUCACAUGGAAAAUAUUUAUGGAUACUUAAUGAAAUACACCAAUCUUGUCACUGGUUGGCAGUAUCGGUUUUUUGUUUUAAACAAUGAUGCUGGCCUGCUGGAGUACUUUGUGAAUGAGCAGUCGAGACAUCUAAAGCCCAGGGGUACCCUGCAGCUUGCUGGAGCUGUAAUUUCACCCAGUGAUGAAGACUCUCACACCUUUACAGUCAAUGCUGCCAGCGGGGAGCAGUAUAAACUAAGAGCUACUGAUGCUAAAGAACGGCAACACUGGGUUAGCAGGCUACAGAUAUGUACACAGCAUCACACAGAAGCUAUUGGAAAGAACAACCCUCCUCUGAAAUCUCGCAGCUUCUCUCUUGCAUCCCAAGGAAGUGCCAACUCUCCUGGUGUGCAAAGAAGACCCAGUCAAAAUGCAGUUUCCUUUUUCAAUGUUGGACAUCACAGAUUGCCAACUGGAAAAAGAGUUCCUAUUAUGCAGCCAGAUCACCUUGUAGAUGUUAGAGAGAUGAUGUCUCAGGCUGAGGGCCAGCAGAGAGACUUGAUCAGGAGCAUAGAAUGCCUUCCUGUCUCCGGUCACCUUACAUCCUUGGAUCAAGACCUAUUAAUGCUGAAAGCAACUUCCAUGGCAACCAUGAACUGCUUAAAUGACUGUUUCCAUAUUCUCCAGUUACAACAUGCUUCUCAACAAAAGGGAUCCUUACCAGCAGGAACGACGAUCAGUUGGCUGGAACCGAAGAUAUCUCUGGCAAACCACUUCAAAAAUGGAGCAGCUCAGAAUUUCCCAUCAGAGGUAAACAAGCCGGCAUCUGUCAGAGAAGAGCAGUCCAUUGCAGAGCCCUGCCAGCUAGCAAGGGAACCUGAAGAAAUAAAUCCAGAUGAGGAGCUGGAGGAUAUCUGUGAUGAUAAAGAAGAUGAUCUAGGAGCGGUAGAGGAACAGCGCAGUGUUAUCUUGCAUCUCUUGUCUCAGCUGAAACUUGGCAUGGACUUAACAAGAGUGGUUCUUCCCACUUUUAUUUUAGAGAAGCGAUCGUUGUUGGAGAUGUAUGCGGACUUCAUGUCCCAUCCAGAUCUCUUCAUUGCAAUCACAAAUGGCACUACUCCUGAGGAGAGGAUGAUCCGCUUUGUUGAGUAUUAUCUCACUUCAUUUCACGAAGGUCGCAAAGGAGCUAUUGCAAAGAAACCAUACAAUCCAAUCAUCGGAGAAACGUUUCACUGCUCCUGGAGGAUGCCUAAGAGCAACGUAGCCACUGAUGCUGGUAGUAACUUCUCUGCUCACUCCCCCUCGGAGCAAGUAACUCUGUCUAAAGAUCUGGAAGGCCAAACAGAGCUGGACUACUAUACAGUAAAAUUUGUAGCUGAGCAAGUGUCCCACCAUCCUCCUGUCUCAGGAUUUUACGCUGAAUGUGUAGAGAGAAAGAUGUGUGUCAAUGCCCAUAUCUGGACAAAAAGUAAAUUCUUAGGAAUGUCAAUAGGAGUGACAAUGGUUGGUGAGGGUCUCUUAAGUCUCUUGGAACAUGGGGAGGAAUACACAUUCUCUCUGCCCUGUGCAUACGCUCGGUCAAUUUUAACUGUUCCCUGGGUAGAACUGGGAGGAAAAGUCAACAUCAGCUGUGCGAAGACUGGGUAUUCUGCAAGUAUUAACUUUCACACCAAGCCCUUCUACGGUGGCAAAUUGCAUCGAGUCACAGGUGAAGUGAAGCAGAACACGACGAACACAGUGGUGUGCAGAGUGCAAGGGGAGUGGAACAGUGUGCUUGAGUUCACCUACAGCAACGGGGAGACAAAAUACGUGGACUUGACAAAGCUGUCUGUGACAAGAAAACGAGUCCGGCCCCUUGAGAAACAAGGACUGUUUGAAUCUAGGAGGCUGUGGCAGCAUGUAACAGAGUCUCUGCGGGAUGGAGACAUCGAUAAGGCUACGGAGCACAAGCGAGCCCUUGAAGAACGACAGAGGAAUGAAGAGAGGCUUCGUGCUGAAACAGAAAGACCUUGGUGUACUAAAUACUUCCUUAAAGAAGGAGAUGGCUGGGUUUAUCAUAAACCCCUCUGGAAAACAGCCUCUGCUGCGCAAACUCAGCAAACGGACGCUAACUAGAAAAGCUGCUUUAAGAUGAGUUUUCUGGUAUUCCUCUCCUUUUCCUCUGUCUCUCAAAACACAGUAAUCACACUGAGUGUCCCCUUUUUAUGUAAUUGUGAAAGUUUAAAUGAGCAUAAAGAAAUAAAUAUACUAGGGCACUUUAAAGCUAUUAAAAA